UUGGCUAGGAUAAAAUUGAAAAAUAAUUUAUUUCGUGCGACGAAAUGGUUGCUGUAUUUCUCAACAGAAAUUUCAUUUUUAUUUUUCUUGCGAUUUAUUUUUGUUAUUCAAACGCACAAAUUUUGGAAAAGGAAUGUGCUAAAUUUGAAUCUAAAUUAGAUAAAGUGUCUUAUAUCCCACAAACAGAUGCGAUGUUAAUUGUACUACAUGGUAAAUCAUUGGUGUCAUGCAUUUAUCAAUGUCAAAGUCUUGAAAUGCCGUCGUCGUACUUCGUUGAAAAUAAUUCUACAUGUUAUUGUAAUUCUGAUGAUUCUUACAACAUGGACAAACAUGAUGAUGCUAACGCAACAAUUACCCGGGGAAUAAGAAAGGAAAAGGUGUCAAUAACGUACAUUCAAGAAGGCAGUCAAAAAGUAAAAAGAAUUCACAAGCAACCCGAGCCAGUUGACUGUCUUGCGUUUUAUCAACAAGGUUAUACCGAAGACGGUGUGUACGUGAUCAAACCAACAGGAAGUACUGCUACUGAUGUAUGGUGUGAUAUGACCAAUGGUGGAUGGACGGUUAUACAACGGCGGCAAGACGGAUCAGAAGAUUUCUACAGAAACUGGGAAGACUACAAGAAUGGAUUCGGGAACAGGAGUAGCGAGUAUUGGCUCGGACUUGAACAUAUAUACUAUUUGACGAUUGCCGACAGUUCACUAUAUGUAUGCUUGGAAACGUUUGAAAUUGACAAUGUUGAUCCAGUUUCUGCUUUUGCUGAAUACUCCACCUUCAGUAUUAAGGAUGAGAGUGAUAAAUACAGAUUGUCGGUUUGGGGAUAUAACGGCUCGUGUGGCGAUUCCAUGUCGUAUCAUAAUAAUAUUCAAUUCUCAACAAAAGACAGUGAAAAUGACCUACACAGCAGCGUAAAUUGUGCAGUGUACUGUCACGGAGCUUGGUGGUACAAAACGUGUCAUCAUGUGAAUCUAAAUGGAUUGUACCCACACACCAAUGGUUUGGAGACAGAUCUGGGCAUUAAUUGGUACAAUUGCUGGCGUCGUUACUCGCUCAAGAAAUCUGUAAUGAAGAUAAGGAGAAACAAUUGA